AUGAGUGUGAAGGCACGUCAUGGCACCUCUUAUUUACUCACAUUUAUUGAUGAUUACACGCGAUAUGGUUAUAUCUAUCUGAUCGCUCACCGCUAUGAAGCCUUGGAUUGUUUCAAGCGUUUUAUAGCUGAGGUUGAGAAUCAGACAGAGAAGAGUUUAAAGGCUCUUCGCACAGACAGCGAACGCGAGUACUUAUCUGAACAGUUUAAAGAACUAUGUGAAAAUAAGGGGAUACGCAGACAACUUACUGUUCCUUAUACACCGGAACAAAAUGGUGUUGCGAAGAGAAGGAAUAGAACUUUGUUAGACAUGGUUAGGUCUCUGAUGGCACAAGCUAAUCUCCCAAUUUCGUUUUGGGGAGAAGCAAUUUUAACUGCUGUCUACAUUCUUAACCAAGUGCCUUCCCAAUCAGUCACUUCAGCCCCUUAUGAAUUAUGGAAAGGUGAAAAGCCCAAUUUGAGGCAUUUGCGCCCUUGGGGAUCAGCUGGUUUUGUUCAUAAUACUUUUCACAAGCAUGGAAAGCUAGGUUCUCGGGAUUGCCGAAAUGUGAAUUUCAUAGAGAAUGACUUUCCUAGCAUUGGUGAUGCCCAAAAGAAUCUUGACCUACUUGAGUUGGAAGGAAGUUGUAAGAAAGAUAAAAGGAUUGCUGUAGAGAAUAUCUCUCUCUAUUUCUUGAUAAUGAAAUAUACAAUAGGAUGUCAUUCUUAUACAAUCAAUAGCUAA